AUGGAUGUUAUAAUUAAGAACGGUCGGAUUGUGACCGCUUCCGAAGUGUUGCCCUUCGGCCUUGACAUUGGCAUCAAGGAUGGCAAGAUUGCUUGCAUUGGCCGUGGUCUUGAAGCAGGAGAAAGCACAGAGGUUAUCGAUGCCGAAGGUGCAUACGUGACGCCGGGAGGUGUAGACUCUCAUGUUCAUAUUGAGCAAGACAACUCGCCGACAGGCGACAAUUGGGAAUGUGGCUCCCGAAGUGCGCUAGCAGGUGGAAACACCACCGUAAUUGCAUUCGCCUCACAGAAGAGACAUGAGGAGAGCAUCUGGCCUGUUCUCGAUACUUACCAUAAGCGAGCGGCGGGUAACGCCUACUGCGACUAUGGCUUCCACGUUAUCCUCACAAACCCUACUGAGCAGAUUCUGGAGAAGGAAUUGCCAGAGCUGGUCGAGAAGGAGGGCAUCUCCAGCGUCAAGCUCUACAUGACAUACGAGCCGAUGAAGCUCGGUGAUGCAGACCUGUUCAAUAUUAUGAUGCAAGCUCGCAGUCUUGGGAUCACGACUAUGAUACAUGCUGAGAACAGUGAUAUCAUCGAGCAGAUCACAAAGCGGUUAGCCAAAGCUGGCAAUACUAGCACAUUCUUCCACUCUGUCGCGAGGCCGCAGAUCGCAGAGACUGAAGCCACAUACCGUGCCAUUAGCCUAGCAGAAGUCACCGACACACCAAUUCUCCUCGUCCACAUGUCGGCGCCACAGGCCGUGAAGCACGUCAGCGAAGCACAGCAGAGACUGCUGCCCAUCCACGCUGAAACGUGCCCUCACUAUCUCUACUUAUUGAGCGAUCGUCUGCGAUCCGGGCUACAUGACUGCGAGGGCGCAAAGAACAUCUGCGCUCCUCCACUAAGGCACGAUCCCAAGGAUCUCGAGGAGAUCUGGCGCAGUGUUGCCAACGGCACCUUUACUGUCAUCAGCUCCGACCACGCGCCAGCUACAUUCGACCAUCCAUGCGGAAAGAAGAAGGCCCUCGCCAAAGAGGGUGCUGUCGACAAGGACGGCCAUGUGCAUGCUGAUUUCCGGGACGUGCCAAAUGGACUGCCAGGCAUCGAGACCCGCUUGCCCCUGAUAUUUGACCGGACAUUCGACCCCACUGUCGGCUAUCGCUUCCACGAUGAUAAGAUCCGUAUCUCGCUACCGAGAUUCGUGGAGCUGACAUCGACUAACCCUGCCAAACUUUACGGGCUAGGUGACAGAAAGGGAAGUCUUCUUCCUGGAUAUGAUGCUGACAUUGUCAUUUGGUAUCCGGAAGAGCCACCAAUGACAACUGCACCAAUGGGCUUGUUGGAUGGUGCCGCGGCAGAUAGUAGCACAUAUAGAUCAUCUAAGCGGCCGUCCAAGUUCAAGAUUACAAAUGAGAUGCUUCAUCAUAGUAUUGAUUACACUCCUUUUGAAGGGGUGGAAGUGAGGAAUUGGCCCCGCCGGGUUCUUCUUCGAGGCAAGGUCAUGUGGGACAGGGAUGGGGGAGGUGUGGUUGGAAGUAAAAGUGACGACGUGGGCGUCUGA